UAAAACGGAUGAUCUUUUCUUGAGUAGAAGCUAUUUAGCGAAAUAACGAAUUAUGGCAAUGUAACUUUCGUAUGGUAGUGUGUGAAACACACUUAAUUAUUGAAACAAAUUAUAUUUGUAUAGUUUAUGUUGCUAGACUUUUUUGUUUCCCGAAAUCCACGCGUCUCACCACAGAUAGAACAAUAUUUGGUCUCAUUGUGCAGUAGGACAUGGAUAGGAACAACAUUUCCCUUGCUCUGCCUUGUUGCUACGUGUACACCCGGGGCGUCUUCAUUACGCCGAUUCUGUUGCAAAACGUUUCUUAAACGAAAUGAAACGAGGCGGGACCUACCUUAAUUUGUUAAAUAGAAACUCUCGUUUUAGUUGCAAACGUUUUGCAGCAGUUUGGACUAAUGAUUACACCCCUGCUAGACAUCUAGCAGUGAGCAUCAAUGUUGCUCUGUUAUUAGCCGGCGUCAAGCCAAAGCUUUGCCAAACAUUGGCACGGCAUUUCACGUUCAGUAACCAAAGGCGUAAUGUGACAUUUCCAGGAAGAAUAUGACAAGAACAUCAGUUGGACAUCAAAAUAAUCCGACUGCAAAAGGAGAGAGCCGGGAAGAAUGGAGAAGUUCGAUUGUAGAAUAACGACGACAUUAUCUGUUUCAUGAGUAGCUACUGUCCAAAUCUGGGGAAUAGCAAUACUGUAUUUUUCUGUGCAAUCUUCAAGCUGUUGUCCUUUGCAACUUCGAAAAUGAUGUAUUCAUCAAGAAGGAAACCAGUCCUCUAUUUCAAAGAAGACAGAAGAUUCUGGUCUGGGAAAUGCACAGUCUACAAACUAUUUGGUAUGUGUAUGGUGCUGGUACUGGUCUCCCUCCUAUGGCUCCAACUCAGCUGUACAGGAGACAUGAGCCGGGUUGUAGUGGAUGACGGACGCCUCCCUCCUCAGCCCUGUCCGCUGGAGAGACAGGCAUCUGCUGCGGACAACCCUUCCUGGGGUCCUCACAAGCUGGCCCUCCUGAUACCGUUCAGGGAGAGGUUUGAGGAGCUGCUGGUGUUUGUCCCCUUCAUGCACACCUUCUUAAACAACAAGAAAAUACUGCAUAAGAUCUUCGUAAUUAACCAGAUGGAUCACUAUCGGUUCAACAGAGCCUCUCUCAUUAACGUUGGUUACAUGGAGAGUGGUAACGACACUGAUUACAUCGCCAUGCACGAUGUGGACUUGUUACCUCUGAAUGAAGCGCUGGACUAUGGAUUCCCAGAGGAGGGCCCUUUCCACGUGGCCUCACCAGAACUACACCCCCUCUAUCACUACAAGACAUACGUGGGAGGAAUCCUGCUGCUCACCAAACAGCAUUAUCACAUGUGCAACGGCAUGUCCAACCGGUUCUGGGGGUGGGGGAGAGAGGACGAUGAAUUCUACAGGAGACUAAGAACUGCUGGAUUACAGCUCUUCAGACCCAGUGGGAUAAAAACAGGGUAUGAAACCUUUCGCCACAUCCACGACCCUGCCUGGAGGAAGAGAGACCAGAAGAGAGUGGCUGCACAGAAACAGAAGGAACAAUUCAAGGUUGACCCCGAGGGCGGGCUGACUAACUUGCAGUACAAGGUGGAGUCGAGACAUGAGCUGACUAUUAGCGGAGCCCCUGUCACUGUCCUCAACACCAAACUGGAGUGUGACACGGACAAGACUCCCUGGUGUCUGCUGAACUAAGAUGGCCCCCCAUGAUAGACCCAUUGCUGCCUCUCAUCUGGGUUAUGUUCAUUCUCCUCCAAACAGAAGAAAACAAGACUAAAACAGGGAGGGACUACCUGAACUUCUCCAAUGAGACACUUGUUUUUGUGCGCCUUUUAUGAACAUGACCCAGGUGCUACAGAGGGCGAUGUUUCCCCUGCUUGUGCUAGCCAGGACAGUUUCUGGUCCGGAAGACAUGGCAAAAAAAAUAAAAUGUUGAUUUUUUUUAUUCAUACAAUCGACCCAGAGAAGAGGCUUUGGCCUUUGACCCCAGCAACGCCUUCCCUCAUUGGAGAGAUGGAAUGUAUUUAUAUUGAACUAGCUACAUUAAGUUAUCCUUUAGAACUGCAGCGUAGCUGUCUGACUUGCGUUCAGAACUGUGAGUGACUGGAUCUCAUGCAGGGGCUUUAAACUACAGACACUUUGCCAAUAUUGAGGAUACAUGAAAGGAAGGGUAUACUGAAAUAAUAAGCAAUGGCCUUUGUAUCUGUUUAUUUAUUAAUAUUUACCCUUAUUUUACCAGGUAAGUUGACUGAGAAAAUAUUCUCAUUUACAGCA